AUGGCCUCUUCUUCGCGUCCUCACGGCGAGGAAUUGAGCUGCUCCGGGAAGAAGACUCGAUGCGUGAGGUCACACGCGAGGACGGAACGGAGGCAAAGAUGUUGGUCCGCGAGGGCAGCUGCCUUCUCCAAGCCGUUCAGACGGGCCAGGCUCCUGAGGGCGGCUUCUGGCUGGCCGGGAAGAAGAUGCGGAUCAUUCGCCACGACACGGACGACCUGUAUCCAACUCUCAUCGCGGUCAGCAAAGAGUGGACCCGCGAGGGUUUGGGCAUUGUGGCCAUGUGCACGCAGUCGAACCUCCUCGUAUGCCGCUUCGACCGAAGGGGCGAGGAGCUCUAUGCCAUUCUGGGCCAACUCCGAAAAGCGGCUGCAAGUUUCGCUGACCUCUUGGCGGCCCAGGGUAUGUGAGCCUUGGGCCGCCGUUGCGUGA